AUGGCAGAACCUGAAAAGACGUCAACCGGCAUCGAAUCCAUCCAGGAUACAACAACCCUGGCUACAGCUACAGCUACAUCUCCUACAUCUAUAUCACCUACCACGACAGCCCCAGAGCCAGAACCAGGCCAAACACCUCUAAAGCCUACUCCAACUGUACCAUCCACCGGCGCAAACGAAGAGACAUCAUCUCCUCCACCACCACAACCCCAAGCCUUUCCAACACCAUACUCACAUCCAGCCCCCAGCCAUGCGACCGCACCCACCUGGCCCGGCGCAAACACCUGGCAAGCACCAACCGCCCCCAUCCCUCCACCCCCCAAAGCAUCAGAAACGCACCUCCAGCGCUCCUCAAUAACAUCAACGAACUCAACUACUUCCUCCGCCGCAAACACUCACGCCCACGUCGGCCAAUAUAACCCAUCCCACCCCCACGGACCGGACGAACCAGCCCAUCCAAACCUAGAACAUCCACCAGGAUAUCAGCAGAAUCCAGUAAUCGCGCAACCAUCCGCCGCCACGCUGGGUGGUGAUGGCGGUUCGCACUUCGGAGUCAGACAGGUCUGGGACCCUGCGCCGGGCGAGGCGGGAGGGAGGUAUGUGUAUGAUUACACGAGUAGUGAUUUCUUCGAUGGGCAGGAUGAUGAUGACGGGUGGGGGAAUGUGAGGAGGAAGGGAGGGGAGGAAGAUUGGGUAUGGGAUUCGGCUGCUGGGGCGUGGAAUGUGACGUUAUCGUGGAUGAAGAGUGCGGGAGAGAAGAUGGCGGAGGCAGAAGAGGGGGUUUGGAGGUGGGUUAAUGGGAGAUCUUAG